AUGAGCGGAAGUCUUAAUGAAGAGACUCGUGUUCUAUUGCGAGUAAUGACACGUGAAGUAAAAACAGAAAUCGGUAAAUAUAAAUCAAAUAGAUGGCAAUCGUUUUUAUCAACAAUUCAAGAAAAAUAUGAUCGACUGGAAAAAGCAUUUUGGUCGCAUCUGUCUCGUGUCUACAAGCCUAAAAGUUUACCAUUUUCAAAACUUGACAGUGGAGAAGAAAUAGUAUCAGGAAAACACGAAAUAGUUGAUGAGCUAUAUCGUUUCUAUGAAGAACAAUUCAAAACGACUGAAACAAAUCAUGCAGAUCCUGAUGAUUUAGAAAUCGAACAGGAGUACAACACUCUGUUAAAUAAUUUAAGAAGUUCGGAUGAGAGAAUAGAAAAAGCAAAUGCCUUUGAAAUAACAAAGUAUAUUAAGAAGCUUAAAUCAAAAAAAUCCUCAGGCUUUGAUCUCAUCUCAAAUUAUAUGAUUAAACUGUUGCCACCGAGCUAUAUCAGCUGCUUUGCAAACUGUUUUAAUGUAUGGCUCGGAGAACAUCGAUAUCCAAAAGAGUGA